CAUCAACGGCCCAUUCGUGUAGGUGUGUGUAGCUCAAUUCUAAAUUCCUAUUCAAUUCGCUUUAGAUACAUUUAUAGUUCAUGGUGUGUACUUUCAGCAUCGACAAAAAAAAUCGUUUUCAAAAAUCAAAAUGAAAUUUUGUCCAGAAAAUUUGUGUAAAUUUUGUUCCAAGUUCUUUUGUUGCCUUGAGUGUCGUAUCAAACACGAAAUUCAGAUACAUUUUUCGUCAUUUUGCGAAACUGUUUGUUGUGAUUUGUGUAAUGGGCAAGAUAGAAUUGUUCUGCAGCGCGAAAAUACCACUGCAUUCAUAGAUCAUCUAUUCAAGUUUCAUUUACCGUUGCGAUGUAAAUGUUGUUCAAUGGUAUUUGAACAUAAAGACGAUCUCGUUACCGUCCAUACGUGCGCACCAUCGAAAAACGCUAAAGGCGAAAAGUUGAAAUCGAAAAUGGCAGGUGAUGGAAAAAUUGUACCAAUUAUUGAAGAAGAACUAGAAUCGGGAAAAGUGUCAGACAAGCCGAAUGAAAACAGCGUGGCCGACAAUGGAUCGUCAGUUCGGAAUAAUGGAUCAUCGAUGAACAGCAGUGAGAAUGCGAAUCACACUCCACCCAUUACUUUAGUCCGACAAACUUCGACACCAAUGACUAAAAUGUUGCAUGAAGUCAAGCGCAACAAUUACGAAUCAAUGUCUGCAUCGUCGAUCCAAAUGUCUAGCAUUGAGAACUGUAGCAGCGAGAAUGAUAUUAGUCCCCCGGUACCAUCUGCAACGUCGAAUUUGAUUUUAUUCAAGCAACCAAACAGAAGAAUGCCGAUUGGUACGACACCCUAUCGACAAAUCAUGUCGAAAAGUAUUCAACGAGCAUUCAGCAAUCAAGGAAUAUCACGAGUACGUAGUGUGAACGCUACUCCGCCGCUCGAUUUACGCACAAGUCCAGUCAUUCGGCGAACAGCAUCAAUGGAAGGAAACGUAAGACCACGCGCAGUAUGUAUGCGUAAUGACGCAAAUACGGUUGAUUUGCGAACGACUCCAGUCAUUCGUCGCACGAGACACUUUGAAGCAAAGAAUCUAGCGAAAGCAAUCAAUUCUCGACCCGAUGGGUUAUAUGGCACCUUUAUCGAAUCUGAGGAAAAUCAACCCGACAAUCCCAAGGUUUCACCGCACGUAUCACCACCCAAGUCAUCGCUGUCCAGAAGUAAAAGUACUAAUACGUUCUUCGAGACCUGCCGAAGCUUUGACGCGAGCGUGACCUCAUCUGACCAGAUUUCGGAAACACCAAAAUCUACUGGUCUUUCCGCGAGAAGUUCAUCAUUUUCUUCCCGUCAUAGAAUUAAGAAAACGUCUGAUGGAGAUAAAUGGUUUACUCCGUCACCAGAAAACGCAGAAAACAUAUCGGCUGGCUCUACCAAAAUAUUGAAUGUCGGUUCGUCGAAUAAAAAUGAGCUCAAGCAUGAACGUUCGGAAACGACAAAAAAGGACGACGAUAAGGACAAAGAUUUGAAUAAUCAGCCUUCCAAAGGCAUUAUAUGGUCACUAGUUUCAUCAGUUUUGCGAUUCACAUCAACCGGUGGAGGAGCGGCUACUAACAAUUUAGCGUCUGACGAUAAAAACUCACUGAUCAAACGCUGUGCAUCAUUUACCGGCAUUUUACCGAAAAAGCCGAAUUUACAAAAUUUGACUGACGAAAAUCCGUACAAACGUCGUCGAACUACUACACUGUCGGAAGUUGAAAGUUUCAGUCAGCUGGGAGACGAUGGAGAUAUUUCUGCGAAACGAAUGCAACGCAUCAACGCUCGACCGCCUAUUAAUCGUAUGAGACAAAGUUAAAUUUUAUAUUUCAUGAAAUUAUUAUUUAAUUGCUGUAAGUAAUCAUUGAUUUCUUUCUAAUUUAUUUUUUCAAAAUGUAGAAAUAAUGCUUUUUUUUUGGUUGUUAAUCUUUUCCCAAAAUAAAUGAAAUUUCUCGAA